AUGAGUAGUGACCCUCCACCAUAUCAGAACUACGAGUCACUGGAUCAUGCAGCGCAAGGUCCGGUCACUGUAGACCCAAACGUCCGGCGCCACGAGCUGCCUGACGACUUCAAGUACUCGACGACGAUCAUCUCGUGCGAGUUCCCCGUUCGCCAGCGGUUCAUGGCCAGGGUCUACUCGAUCCUAUCGGCGCAACUGCUGCUCACGCUGGCGUUCUGCUACGCUGCGACCACCUCUGGCCGCUUGCAGCUGUUUCUGCUCCGGCACACAGCGCUGUACGUGGUCGCGGUGAUCGCGGCGCUAGUGUCGUGCGUCUGGCUGGCGCUCGCGCCCCGGGCCGAGGACUACGAGACCGAGCCGGCGGACCCACUGCUUGGGCGGCGCGCCGCCGCGGUUCCUUGGUACUGCCUCGGCAGGCGGGGCCAGUGGACGCUGCUAGCGGUGUUUACUGUUGCGGAGAGCUACUGUCUGGGCGGCAGUGUGAUGUUCGAGUCGCGGCAGAUCGUGCUGAACGCGCUGCUGGUGACCGCGGUAGUGGUAGUCGGGGUGUCACUGAUGGCGUUCUCCGGCAGGUUCCAGAUCGCGCUGGAGUCUGCAGCGUCGAUCUACUACUGGCUGAACCUGGCGCUGCUGUUGCUGAUCGGGAUCGGACUGUCGGCGCUGCUGUUCGGCGGGAUGGGCAGCUGGCUGAACUACGUGUACGGUUGGGUCGGGGCAGUGGUGUUCUCGGUGUACUUGUUUGUGGACACUCAGUUGAUCUUCCGCAAGAUGUAUGUUGGGGAGGAGAUACGGUGCGCGAUGAUGUUGUAUCUGGACAUCAUCAAUCUGUUUCUGUCGAUCUUAAGGAUCUUGUCGAGCCAGAAUAACGAUGAUUAG